GCACGCGUGAUGUGUGGGACAUAAUGGUGGAUAGGUAGGGAACACACUUAAGCUCGGUAAGAGUAGCUCAUCAACUGUUGAUCCGUCUCCAGCGGUUGUCUCGGAACCUUCGACUCCCCUCUGACUCUACAGCCGCCCGCCGCCGCAGCCCGCUUGGACCGCACGACCGCCCUGGACCGCAACAAAAUGCCGAAUAUCAAAAUAUUUAGCGGUAGCUCGCAUCCGGACCUGUCUCAGAAAAUAGCCGACCGCCUCGGACUCGAACUGGGGAAGGUUGUAACGAAAAAAUUCAGCAACCAAGAAACAUGCGUGGAGAUAGGGGAGAGCGUACGUGGGGAGGAUGUCUACAUCGUGCAGAGCGGCUGUGGGGAGAUCAAUGACAAUUUGAUGGAGCUGCUGAUCAUGAUCAACGCCUGCAAGAUUGCCUCAGCCUCCAGGGUCACCGCUGUCAUCCCCUGCUUUCCGUAUGCCCGGCAAGACAAGAAGGACAAGGUGGGGAGCCGUGCUCCUAUCUCUGCCAAGUUGGUGGCCAACAUGUUGUCAGUCUCAGGCGCCGACCAUAUAAUCACUAUGGACUUGCACGCCUCACAGAUACAGGGUUUCUUUGAUAUACCCGUUGAUAACUUGUAUGCAGAGCCAGCUGUGCUCAAAUGGAUCAAAGAGAACAUCCCUGAAUGGAAAAACUGCAUCAUCGUCUCACCUGAUGCAGGAGGAGCCAAGAGGGUCACCUCAAUAGCGGACAGGUUGAAUGUGGACUUUGCUCUUAUUCACAAGGAGAGGAAAAAGGCAAACGAGGUGGACCGCAUGGUUCUGGUUGGAGAUGUGACAGAUCGGGUUGCCAUUCUGGUGGAUGACAUGGCUGACACGUGUGGCACAAUCUGCCAUGCUGCUGACAAACUUAUUUCUGCCGGUGCCACCAAGGUGUAUGCCAUCUUGACCCACGGCAUCUUUUCUGGGCCAGCUAUCUCACGCAUCAACAAUGCCUGUUUUGAAGCUGUGGUGGUCACCAAUACAAUCCCUCAGGAGGAGAAGAUGAAGCAUUGUCCCAAAAUACAGGUUAUUGACAUCUCCAUGAUCCUUGCAGAGGCCAUUCGUAGAACUCACAACGGCGAGUCUGUGUCAUACCUGUUCAGCCAUGUUCCCUUGUAACAAAUGGUGUUUACCAUCAACUGUGUGCUAUUAACACCAAAUAAAAGAAGAGGGAAUCCCCCAACCCAAACACAACCAUUAACAAAGAAGUUCUGCUAAUUAACUAUAUAUAUUAAAAAAAGAAGAACUGUCAUGUCUGUUACUAAUGCUGACCCCACCUCACUUUACCCUUCAAGCGGUGUCCCUUCACGUCUAGGGCAUCAAAGCAAUCGCAAGCUUACAGAUUUAGGCUGGCGUAUUUAUUGUAUAUGGAUAAAGAAGUAUUUAUCCACUGUGAAAUUUGUCCUUCAUUUAUAACAUUUGAGAUAGUUUCUCCUGACCAUUUUACCUCACCAGGAGUCAUUUCAAUCUGUUGUCAAAGAGCUUAUAUAAAUAUCUCUGGCAGGUUCCAGUGGUCAGGAGAAGCAUCUGGCGUUUGAAGCUGUUACAGUGCAUUUUUUGUUACAAUGAACGAGCGUAGUUUUAUCAUGUUGCUCCCGUUUUCUCUGCCGUGUGAAAGACAAAAACUGAUGAAGUGAAUGUGUGUUGAACUAGUUUACAGUGUCACUGAAGCUCCACUCAACCAAGAGUGCCUCAAAAGUCUGAAAUGAAAUUUCAUUUUCCUCCAGUCUGGAUCUCUUUCCCUCCCUCCCUUAUUUUGCUGUUUGUUUUGUCACUGCAUGAUGAACUUUCAUGUGUCUUAGCAGGCUGUAAACAACAUUUUGGGAUAUUUCUUUCAACUCUUGAGGUGCCCUCAUUGAGUGGGGUUUGCCCAGUGUCCGAGAUUUACCCUUCGAGGGUCUACGAUGAAGAUCUGUCUUUAGAUAAGCUGUCGGGUUUUUAGCUUGGGGUCUCUGCAGGCUGGAGCUUCCUUCAGAAAUGUUCACCUGCUGUUUUGUUGUUUUUGUUUUUUCUUUUUGUAUGUCUGGAGGAAGGAUUUGUCAUUAAUUUGCAUAAUCCAAACCUUUGUGUUUACUUUUUCAGUAGUGUGAAUGCUCCAGUUAUUUGAGGACGCAUUCUUAAUAAAAUAUUCGUUACAUCUUAAACGUU